CCUUUGAAUGCACCUAAGAAAUCGAUCGAUAAUUCCUCAUAAUUUUAUUAUUUGGAAGUUUUGUAACGAGGAACAAUGAAGUAGGGCUUACCUAACUGACAACCGUUUAUGAAAACAAUGAUUAGUGAAUAUUGGUAUUGUCACUGCGCAGCAAGCAAAGGAUUGGGGUACGUAUGUGGCCUAUUCUCAUGAAUUCUUACACUCCACUACAUCACCACCAAGCCUCCAACUACUCUAGAAAGAAGUAGGGCAGCUAAUGAAUCGAGUCGAGUCGAGUUUUAUCCCAGUUUGAGCUCGGCUCAUUAAUAAACAAGUUGAGCUCGAGUUCGACUCGUUUAUUAACGAGCCGAGUCAAAUUCGAGCUGGCUUGUUUAAUAAAAUCUUGACUCGUAUUUGAUAUAUUCAUUUUGUAUGUCAUACAUGAUAGAUUUGACUAAUGUCAAGAUUAAAAUAAUAAUAAUAAUAAUAAUAAAAAGUAAAGUGUUCAAUAUUAACUAAUAUCAUUUUAUGCUUUUUGGUAUCGAACUACUUAAAUAAGACAAUAAAGACAUAUUUGCUCACAUAAUCUACGUGCUAAACUUCAUAUAGGGUGAGAUAUAUAAUUUAACAAUCCUAUGAAUUAUCAAAAUCAAACCCAUAUAGUCAUAUAGAUAGAUUCGCUCAUAACUCGCUAAUCGAGUUGGCUCUCUAGCCAUAAUGUUGAGAGUUGAGACAUCUCAUGAGCUCUAAACAAGCAAGCUCACGAGUUGAGCUCAACAAGCCAUCGAGUCGAGCUAGCUCAGGAGCUCCGCGAGCUACAGAAGGCUAAGCUCAAGUUCGGCUCAUUAGUAAACGAGUCUAGUUUCGAACGAGUUUUUCUCGAGUCGAACGCUCCGCUCAUUUGCAGUACAACAGUAGGAAGAACCCAACAUAAUUUGUUACUAUUUUCCCUAUGAAAAAAUGUUGAAAAAAAUCGCACCAAAGUCAUUAUGUCCUAGUGAAGCAUCAUUUGUUUUCGGUUUUGAGUAACUUGAUAUGACUAAUUUCUGAGUAAACAACGAAGGUACUUAAAUCCAUAUGGUUCUCAUGCUUCUUCUCCUCAUGCAAAGAAAGAAGGAACCAAAUCAAGCUUCUUCUCCUCAUCUAAAGUUAAGACACUACAACUCUACCUAAGCCAAAAGAAAUGCAUACAUCAAUCAAACAGCGACAAGUAGAUUUGUUUGUGAACACUGCCAAACAAACUUCCUAUCUUCAAAAUGGCAAAAGGAGGAGAGAGUGAGAGAGAGAGAGAUCAAAUAGGUCCAAAGGAUGAAUAGAUGAAGCUCGGGAGAGCCAGGACCAAGAACUCGAAGCUUGAAGCCACACCACAUUUCAUGCAAUACAAUUAUCCUUUCAGAAAUUUAUCCCCAAACAAAAAGAGAAAAAUCAAACUCAAACAUAAUUCAGUGGCUAUGGUGGUGCCCCAUAACGUACCCAUUGGGCCAAAUGUCUUCCUUGUCUACCCAUUGCCACAUAAAAUUAUUACACUUCCGUUUACUCACUUGACCAUUGUAGGCGCCAAACGAAGGCUGACACAGUGACACUCAUCGCCAUUCCUCCUCUGCCAGCCAAAAUCACACUUGGCUUCAACCCAGCUCCAGCUCGCGCCACGCAGCAAACUCCGACUUGUGCAUAAAAAGUCUCGACCUUUACUGUUCUAGGUGCAGUACCCAGUUCUCAAUUUCCUCCUGAUUCGUUUCCUUCUGUUUAUUGAAGGGUCGUUGCCAAUUGGGUCAGUUGAAGCUUUGCUCUUCUCGAUUGGGUCUAGUCUCUGCUAAAAUUUCAAUUCAUUCAGUGGGUCUUGCGCUUUUGAUCGAAGAAUUAACUGGGUUUUUUUAGUUUCGUGAGAAUUGGGGACUUUUUUGGAGUCGCUUGUCGCGUUUCAUUUUGAAUGGGGAUCGUUCUUUUGAUGACUGCUUUCACAGAGAAGGAGCUAAUAAGUUUUCUUUUUGUUGUUGUUUUCCUCUGUAAUCAAUAGAGGGAGAGCUUAACAGCCAUGGCGCCCAAGGGUUUGGAUUACGAACUCCUGAACGAAAACGUGAAGAAGGUUCAGUAUGCUGUGAGGGGCGAGCUGUACCUUCGAGCUUCUGAGCUUCAGAAGGAAGGAAAAAAGAUCAUUUUCACAAAUGUUGGAAACCCUCAUGCUCUUGGACAGAAGCCACUGACCUUCCCUCGACAGGUGGUUGCACUUUGCCAAGCCCCAUUUUUACUGGAUGAUCCUAAUGUGGGACUCAUGUUCCCUGCUGAUGCCAUCGCAAGGGCUAAACAUUACCUCUCCUUGACUUCUGGUGGUUUAGGUGCAUACAGUGACUCCAGAGGCAUUCCAGGAGUUAGGAAGGAGGUCGCAGACUUCCUUCUAAGGCGCGACGGUUAUCCAAGUGAUCCAGAAUUGAUAUUUCUCACUGAUGGAGCAAGCAAAGGUGUGAUGCAAAUCUUGAGCACGAUCAUUAGAGGUCCAAGUGAUGGGAUCCUGGUUCCAGUGCCACAAUACCCACUUUACUCAGCUGCAAUCAGUCUCUUUGGUGGUACCCUUGUCCCAUAUUACUUGGAAGAGACGGCAAACUGGGGUCUUGAUGUGAAUGACCUGAGAAACGCAGUUUCUCAAGCUAAAUCCAAAGGGAUAACUGUGAAAGCAAUGGUGAUAAUCAACCCUGGAAAUCCAACUGGCCAGUGUCUUAGCGAAGCUAACUUGAGCGAAAUACUGCGCUUCUGUUAUCAAGAGGGCCUUGUCCUCCUUGGAGAUGAGGUUUACCAGCAGAACAUCUACCAGGACGAACGCCCAUUCAUCAGCUCUAAGAAGGUCUUGAUGGACAUGGGUCCGCCUUAUAGCAAGGAGGUUCAGCUUGUUUCCUUCCACACUGUGUCUAAAGGAUACUGGGGCGAAUGUGGGCAGAGAGGUGGAUACUUUGAGAUGACCAACAUUCCUCCAAAGACAGUUGAUGAGAUCUACAAGGUGGCAUCAAUUUCCCUCAGUCCAAAUGUCCCUGCUCAGAUAUUCAUGGGGCUGAUGGUCAACCCACUGAAACCUGGGGACAUCUCUUAUGAGCAGUUCAUUAGGGAGAGCAAGGGGGUCCUGGAAUCACUAAGGAGAAGGGCUAGGAUUAUGACCGACGGCUUCAAUAGCUGCCGCAAUGUAGUUUGCAACUUCACUGAAGGCGCCAUGUAUUCGUUCCCUCAAAUACGGUUACCACCCAAGGCAAUCGAGGCUGCCAAGAGUGCUGGCAAAGUUGCUGAUGUCUUCUACUGCCUCAAGCUACUGGAAGCUACAGGCAUCUCCACAGUCCCCGGCUCAGGAUUCGGCCAGAAAGAAGGGGUUUUCCAUCUGAGGACAACCAUCUUACCUGCGGAGGAAGACAUGCCAGCAAUCAUGGAAAGCUUCAAGAAGUUCAACGACGAGUUCAUGGAGCAGUAUGAAGAUCACAAGGGUUACUCCAGGAUGUCGGUUGCAGAGUGAGUGAUGAAGUUGUCGGCGGGCGGUGGAGGGGUGGCCGGCCGUUGAGAUGUCAGGGGAUCGGCGGCGAUGCCAGCUUUUGUUUUGUUUUUCUUUUGUUGACAGUGAAAUAAUGUUUUUGAGGCUUUGAUUUUCAGUCUUUGGUUAAUUAAGUUGAAGUCGGUUUUACCGCUGAUCAUGUAUCGUUUGGCUGACAAAUAAUAAUGUGGAUAUGGUAGGGUAAUGAAAUCUUUCUAUCACUCUGAAUUUUCAGGUCAAUAAAUGGGUAACCUUAACUGAACAAGUUUUCACAAAAUGUGCACUUAGGUAGUUUAGAGUUUGUGUUCGGAGUCUCGAGAAGGAUACCAAGGAACUUUCAAGCAAUUAGGCCUAUCGACUUCAUGCUACGAAGUGGAAUCAAUCUGUGGGCAAAUUCUGAAACACAUUAACGUCACAACAGCAAUGGCGAAGUCAGAAUUAUGAAUGAAUUAUGAGUAUGAGCUAAAAAAUAAAGUUUUAGGAUUUGC